AUGAAAUUUCACAAUCCGACUUCAAAUAAAGUAAUUGAGGUUUCUUCUCAAAGUAAAAAUAAAUUGGAAGAUGCUGAUAUAAAGAAAAAACGUUUUCAUUAUUUACUUCGACAUUCAGAAAUUUUUUCUCAUUUCGUUGAAGAUGGAAAAACUGUUAAUAACUUAAAGAAUUUUGAUUUAUCAGAGAGGAAACCGGAACCUAAAGAGAAGGGCACACUAAUAGGAGGCAGUCGACAUCGCCGUUCUGAGAAGGACGAAGACGAGGAACUAUUAAAUACAGCUCAAGAUAAAUCUUUAACUUCUUCUGUAGUGAUAACAGAAUCUCCUCAUUUUAUCACUGGGGGAGCUCUAAGAGAUUACCAAAUACGCGGCUUAAAUUGGCUUGUGAACUUAUACGAGAACGCCGUUAAUGGGAUUCUAGCAGACGAAAUGGGCUUGGGUAAAACUCUACAAACAAUCUCCCUGUUAGGUUAUCUAAAACAUUUCAAAAACAAUAGCGGCCCUCAUCUUGUCAUUGUUCCUAAAUCCACUUUGCACAACUGGCUUAACGAGUUCCAAAGGUGGUGUCCCAGCUUGCAAACUGUCUUUAUUACGGGCUCUAAAGAAGAACGAAUCGCUUAUAUUAAGGAAGUUCUCCUGACCACCACGUGGGAUGUGCUUAUUACUUCGUAUGAACUGGUUCUUCUAGAGAAGUCUCUUCUGAAGAAAUUUCACUGGCAGUAUUUAGUCAUUGAUGAGGCGCACAGAGUGAAAAAUGAAAAGUCCAAACUAUCUCUUGUGGUUCGCGAAUUUUCCAGUAAACACAGGCUCCUCAUUACGGGGACCCCUCUUCAGAACAAUCUACACGAACUUUGGGCUUUGCUGAAUUUUUUACUUCCAGACUUUUUUGCGUCUUCAGAAGACUUUGAUUCUUGGUUUGACACAAUGUAUGCCGGCGAGGACAAGCAGAAAGAAGUUGUUUCAAAAUUGCAUUCGAUUCUCAAGCCGUUUCUAUUGAGACGCUUGAAGUCAGACGUCGAGAAAACUUUGCCCCCCAAGAAAGAGACCAUCAUUUACGUCCGCAUGUCAGCCAUGCAAAGGGAAUGGUACACGAAGAUUCUGAAAAAGGAUGUGGACGUACUUCAAGGAGGAAAAGCGGAUCGGCUUCGGCUUCUAAAUAUACUUAUGCAACUUCGCAAAUGCUGCAACCAUCCGUAUCUCUUUGACGGCGCUGAGCCAGGGCCCCCAUAUUCUAACGAGGGCUUGACGACCAACUGCGGAAAAAUGACCGUCCUUGAAAAGUUACUCCCUAAGUUGCAGCUGGGUGGCUCUAGAGUUUUAGUCUUUAGUCAGAUGACCCGUAUGUUGGACAUCUUGGAGGAUUUUUGCAAUUGGAAGGGCUAUAAGUACUGUCGAUUAGACGGGCAAACGACCCACGCGGACCGGCAAAAAAUGAUCGACGCUUACAAUAAGGAGGGCAGUGAGAAGUUUAUUUUCUUGCUUAGCACACGGGCUGGCGGCUUAGGGAUCAAUCUUGCUACCGCCGAUACCGUCAUUCUGUACGACAGCGACUGGAAUCCACAGAUGGACCUUCAGGCGAUGGACAGGGCGCACCGCAUUGGCCAGAAGAAGCAGGUUCAAGUCUUUCGGUUCAUUACGGAAAAUACCGUAGAGGAAAGGAUCGUAGAACGGGCCGAAAUGAAACUUCAUCUGGACGCCCUCGUCAUUCAGCAAGGCCGACUGGCUCAACAGAAGCAGAACCUGGAAAAGGACGAGGUUUUGCAUAUGAUUCGAUACGGCGCUGAACGUAUUUUCAACGCGAAGGAUACUGAAAUCACCGAAGAGGACAUCGACGCAAUUCUGAGAAGAGGCGAGGAAAAGACUCUGGCCUUGAAUGCAAAGUUAAAAGAGGCCGGCUACGACCGCUUGAAAGGGCUUUCAUUGGACACUCAACCCAGCAGCGUGUACGAAUUUGAGGGCGAGGAUUGGAGGGCUAAGAGCCGUGACGCCUCAACAGGGUUUUACAUUGACAUUGGUAAGCGCGAGGCAGUAAAAGCCGGCAGCUAUGAUGUAGACCAGUACUACAGGGAAACACUGAAGCUGUCAUCUGAGAGGAAGACGAGACAGCCGCGCCCGCCUAAGCAGCCAUUCGUACACGACCAUCAGUUCUAUCCGCCUCGUCUGUAUGAGUUGCUGGAUAAAGAAAAAUAUGUCUACUGGAAACUCAUCCAGUACGUCGUUUCGGACGCCGAUGUGGAGGACCCUGCCGAGCGCGCUGCACUUCAGGAAAAAGUCCAAAGCAGCACGGAACUCACCGAGGAGGAGUUGGAUGAGAAGGAGCGACUUCUCAAGCAGGGCUACAACAACUGGAGCCGCAGGGAUUUCACAUCUUUCUGUAAAGCCUGCGAGAAGUACGGCCGCCGAGACCUCGAGAGCAUCGCUGCUGAGUUGGAGGGCAAAACUUUGAAGGAAGUGCGUGACUACAGCGACACCUUCUGGAGGCGCUACAAAGAACUCAGCGGCUGGGAGAAGUAUAUAGCAUCAAUCGAACGCGGGGAAGCUAAGUUGCAGAAAAAAGGUGAGACUGUGAAUGCGCUGAAAAGAAAGAUGGCUCGCUACCGACAACCGUUUCAGCAACUCAAGAUAGCUUACAGCACCAACAAAGGCCGGCACUUCACCGAAGAGGAGGACCGAUUUCUGGUGUGCAUGCUGUACACGCUCGGCGUCGACACCGAAGACGUGCACGAGCGCCUUCUCCGGGAAGUUCGGCAGGCCCCACAGUUUCGCUUCGACUGGUUCAUCAAAAGUCGAACGGCUGAAGAGCUGAAGAAGCGUUGUUCGCAGCUACUUAAUCUUAUUGAAAAGGAAGAAUCCGAUCUUGCCGAGAUGGAAAAGAAAAAAAGAAAAGCUAAAAGUAACUUUACACCUAAGAAAAGCUCCGAGGCGGCGAAAAAGAUGGUUAAAAGAAUAAAUAAAAGCACCAGUCUAACCCGAAAUCCAAACCUUAACCCUAACCUAGUCUUGAGAUUAAGUAAGGAUUUGUUCUAUGCACUGCCGUCGGAAGGGAUAAGAAAUUUAUUAAAACUUUACAACGAAAUAACGACGUCUAGUAUCAUGCAAGAAAGCAAAUCGCAGCGGAAACUACAAGAGAACAAGUGA